AUGGCUGUGAACGACUAUCUGGGAAAGUCCAACCGGACGUUGAUCCUGCUGCUAUGGUGUUCGAGCAUCAUGUCGACGUCGCUCGGGUUCGACGCCAGCAUGAUGAACAGCCUUAACAUCCUGCCGUCGUACACAGACUAUUUUAAGCUGGACACGGCGACGCUGGCGCUACAGUCGGCCAUCUCGUGGGCCGGCAUGUGUGUGGCCAGCUUCUUCUACGGCACCCUGACGGACUACUACGGCCGCAAGAAAGCCAUGUGGCUCAGCGCCAUCAUCACGCUCGUCGGCGUCGUCAUCCAGGCCGCGGCCCAGGACAUCGCCAUGUUCGUCGUGGCCCGCUUCAUCGUUGGCCUCGGCAACGGCGCGACGUACGUGUGCGGUCCCAUCUACCUAGCCGAGUGCUUCCCAACGCGAUGGCGUGGUCCUGGCCUGGCCCUGUUCACCGACAUGUACUAUGUCGGCAGCCUGAUCGCGGCCGGUGUGACGUAUGGCACGGCCAAGAUCCUCAACACAUGGGCAUGGCGCACGCCUUCCAUUCUGCAGGGCUUCCUUAUGGUGCUCGCUGUUGUGGCCUUGCCCUGGAUGCCUGAAUCUCCCCGCUGGCUUAUCCACAAAGACCGCCACGAGGAGGCUCUCGAUGCCCUGGCGGACACUCACGGAAACGGCAAUCGCGACGAUCCUCACGUGACAGAGACAUACAACGAGAUCGUCAGCAUGCUGCAGGCCGAGAUCGACCUUGGAAAGGAGGUUGGCUUCAAGGAGAUUGUCAAGUCGCGGUCUAACGGCAUGCGCAUACUGCUGUGCUGCUCUGUCGCCGUCAUUUCCAUGCUGUCGGGCAACAACAUCAUCAGCUACUACCUUGGCCAGAUGCUGGACCAGGCCGGCAUUACUGACAGCACAACGCAGCUUGAAAUUAACAUCGUCCUUAGUUUGUGGUGCCUUGUUGUCGCUCUGGUCGGCACGUACACUCUAGACAACGUCGGCCGCAAGCCAUUAGCCAUCUACUCGUCCAUCGCCCUCACCAUCUUAAUCUUUGUCUUUGGCGCUCUUACCAAGACAUAUGGCAACUCGACACAAACCUCGGGCAUCUACGGCACCGUUGCGGUGCUCUUCCUCUUCCAGGGCGCCUACAGCUUUGCCUGGACCCCCCUGGCGAUGUUGUAUCCGCCCGAGAUUCUCAAUUUUUCCAUCCGGUCGUCGGGCAUGGCCGUCUACACGUUCCUGUCCAACGGCCUGGGCCUGAUGGUCACCAUGGCCUUUCCAUAUGCGCUUGCCAAGAUCGGUUGGAAGACAUACAUGAUCAACGGCGCCUGGGACGUGCUGCAGGUGCUGUUUGUCAUAUAUUUCUGGGUGGAGACGAAGGACAAGUCACUUGAGAACAUCAAUGAGAUCUUUGAGGGUCCAGCGGCCACAAAGGUGCUCGAAGGCGAGGACGUCGCCUACCCGUCGUCGCCGGUCUACAAGAGCGAGAAGGGUGCGACGGUGACUGUAUAG